AUAGUUUAUUUGUUCCUUAUCGCCGAGAUAUGUUAUCGACGCCAUGUUAGCUCUGCGGUGGCCGACGACGGAAUAAACUUUAUUGUAUAUCACUCAAGAUGGGGGGACUUAAACAUCUCGCCCUCCUGGUGAUCGUCUUGUUUGUGGGCCCGUGUCUCACCGCGCCGACGCCGGACCCCGAGCCGGAACCAUUGGCGGAUCCUGAGCCGUUUUUCUUCCCCUUUCAAUACGAUUCGGAAGGCUGCUCGAACUGUUAUUACAAAGGGAACGCCGGUUUUCUCUACGCCCUUGUACAGAUCAUAGAGUUGGUGUUGGCCUUGGUGUUGAGCAUCGUGUUCCUGGUCCUCAACCUACUCGGGGGCCUCCUGGGGCCCAUCUCCGACGCCUCCACUCUCCUGGGGGCCCUCACCGGCACCAACGCCCUGGAGACGUUCCUCGGAAGUUUACCGAUCGUGCUUAAGUUCCUCAACAUCAUCAACGUGCCCACCGCCCUCCUCGGGUAGUACAGUUUUGCCAAGAAGAAAACUAAAGACACAAAAAAGUUAAGGGGAUGGUCUCACUAACCUGUACAGCUUUUGUACAGAACGAAAUCUUAUGUAUUUAUGUAUUUAAUUCUUCGUAGCCAAACAGUUUAGUGCAACUUUAAACAAAACGGCAUUGUUAAAAGUGUAUUCCUUCGAGAUUUUUUUUACUAGCAAAAUUAAUAAAUGUUUAUUGUUGCCCUUUUGUA